GCGAGGCCAAACAAUCAGACAUGUGACCUCUUUCAGUUUCGUGUCAUUGUACAACAUGUUGGUUAGUCACCUUAUUUGGGGUUUGUGUUUGUCAAAUGGCGACAUCGGGUGGUAAAACGAUUUCUUUGAAGACUUACUCGGAUCUUCUCGAUCAAGACGAAGCAGUUACUGUCAGUGGAACGGGGGAUUUUGCCGUGGGUUUAACUGCAGAGGACCAGGUAUUUUCCUGCAAGACUGACAACAAACAAUGCCAUGAGAUUUGUGUCCCCUUGUUCAAGCUGACAAUAUGGCCGACAGAAGGUGUGACCUUGACCCCUGUGAACCGUGACCUUGUCUGCACCAUCAAUGACGAAGAAGUCAUAUCAGAGAUAAAUCUUUUUACUGGCAUGCAGAUAGAGAUCGGUGAUAAGGUCAUUCAGUACAUGGAGGGACCCGUGCCCCGAACUCGACGCCACCUACCCCCAACUCCUGGGGUACACGUCAAGGCAUCACCGCCACCGAAGCCCACCAGAAAUGGGAUGUCUCCCCAACCAGAGCUCCCAGCACAGAAGGAGGCUGAGAGUGACUGGUGCCACAUCGAGACCCCCGAAAUGGAGGAGGAGUUAGUAGACAGACUCCACACCAGCGAGGAGUUAUCCAGUUUGGCUGCAGGCUGUAUCAACAAACAGAUCCAUGAGUUCACGGACACACGGAUGACAACAUCCCUGCUUGAUCAGGUGUAUAGGAUGCUACAGGAUGUUGGGACACACAGAAGAGAUAUUCUGCGAAGUUUCUUGAAGGAGAUGGCACGGCAGGGUCAGGCCACGCCGGAGACGGACAAGGGGAGGCCUCUGCAUGGCCCUAUCAUUCAUCUACUCGUGGAAAUACUCAAACAGUUCCUGGAUCCUGUGUCCCAUGUGUCUUUGUGUCUGAAACUUCUGAGAGCCUUGAGCCAUGUACCAAGUAACCUCGCAACCUUUAUUGGUUGCCAAGCAACAGCAGCCAUAUUGGGUUCAAUGUCUGUCUAUGUGGAUGAAGUGGAGGUUCAGCAAAAUGGGAUCGACAUCUUGUGUAAAGUUGCCACGUAUACUCCAUCCAUUGAUGAAAAGGCCCCGUUGAGGGAGACGGCCAUUGAGUUGAUUCUGCGAGCCAUGAAGCGCCAUACACACUCGCUGUUUGUCACCCAGUCCGGCUGCCGCACUCUCGCCAGUCUUUGUACCAUGGUGUUUGAGCUGGCCAACAGCAUCAUUGAUAGAGAGCGGAGUGGCAAGCAGAAGCUGGUGCAGGGGGUGGAGAAGCUAGCUGGUCUCCUUGACUACCUGCAACAAAGUGCCACAGGGGUCAUACAUGAAGCCAUGAAGACCUUCACCUCUGACCUUAGUGUGACCAUGGAAGGUCGAAGGUUCCUGUAUGUGAUGGCCAGACUGGAGCAGUUAAAACAAAAGCAGAUUUUGUGGCUGGAGAGUAAUACAGGUGAUGAGAGCGACAAUGAGGAGAUGUCCGAUGACGAACAUGUUGAUGGAAUUCUCAAGAAGUCAAGGUCAUACGAGAACUUGCGAUCCAAUGAGAGGAGAGUAUCUUUCGUUGACCUCAAUGGUCCCGGUGUGUAUGACUCGAGCUCGGAUGAAUCCACGGAAGACGAUACAAACAAAAGGAAUUUAUCCCCAUCCAAUUCAAACAUGGAGGCUGAUGUAACGUCAGUGAAAGGACGUUCUGACAGUGACAAUUCUAAAUUUGAAAAUGGCUCCUACACAACCAAGGACAUUGUUAAAGGACUGAACGAUGGACAAGAAACUGGUGACUUGAAACAUAUGCAAAGCAAUGGUAUCUGUGAUAAUGGCAGUGAAAUGGCUGGCAGUGGCUGCCGCCCUGAUGUGGUCACGUCUACAUUCAGUGGCGACGAUUCUCAGAAUGGUGUGUCUUUGUUCAAUGAACUGGGUCAGAUUGACUGUGGCUUGAUGCGGAGCAUGGGUGGGGGAGAAGGGAAGUUUGGAGUGGGGGAUGAGAUCUCAGAGGAGGAGGAGGAGGUGAUUGACUACUCUGCUGCUGAUAUUCAGUUCCUUGACAGGCUGGUUAAAACUCAGAUUGUGUGCCGAGUGUGCUCCCUUGCCUUCAUGGAUGAGGACAAGGAGGCCUACACGUCGAUAGAGAAGCCCGUGGGAGACGUGCUGAAGACUGGGCAACUGUCCCCUGCCCUGCAGCGCUUCUUCUCGUCCCAGUACAAGCCGGAGUUGACCAUGAUGGAUUUUGACCCGAACAUUGUCAUCAGUCUGAUUGACGCAGUGAGAUACAGAUCCCAAGUGGCACCAAGUGUUGUACAGAAGACGUUGCUCGGUGUUGCCAAGAACAUCAACAACCGUGUCCACCAGCGACACCUGAAGCUGGGGGCCUCCAUCAUCAACAGGAUCCUGGAUGAGCCGUCGCUUCUGCUGACUGUGUCAGAUGCCAGUUUUCACAUCCAGUGUAGAAAACAGCUAGAGGAAUCUUGUCAAAGUCUCUCUGACCCCUCCAUCUUCUCAAGUGUGCUGGCCAAGUUGACCCCAGGACACUCCCUCAUGGACCUUGACUGUUACUGAUUUCAGCAGUACUGGGACCCGGUUACCAUGGUUACAAGAGUCAAGCUGGCCAGGUUGACCCCAGGACAUUCCCUCAUGGACCUUGACUGUUACUGACUUCAGCAGUACUGGGACCCGGUUACUAUGGUUACAAGAGUCAAGCUGGCCAGGUUGACCCCAGGACAUUCCCUCAUGGACCUUGACUGUUACUGACUUCAGCAGUACUGGGACCCAGUUACUAUGGUUACAAGAGUCAAGCUGGCCAGGUUGACCCCAGGACAUUCCCUCAUGGACCUUGACUGUUACUGACUUCAGCAGUACUGGGACCCGGUUACCAUGGUUACAAGAGUCAAGCUGGCCAGGUUGACCCCAGGAAAUUCCCUCAUGGACCUUGACUGUAACUGACUUCAACAGUACUGGGACCCGGUUUCCAUGGUUACAAGAGUCAAGCUGGCCAGGUUGACCCCAGGACAUUCCCUCAUGGACCUUGACUGUUACUGACUUCAGCAGUACUGGGACCCAGUUACUAUGGUUACAAGAGUCAAGCUGGCCAAGUUGACACCAGGAAAUUCCUUCAUGGACCUUGACUGUUACUGACUUCAGCAGUACUGGGACCCAGUUACUAUGGUUACAAGAGUCAAGCUGGCCAGGUUGACCCCAGGACAUUCCCUCAUGGACCUUGACUUACUGACUUUUGCAGUACUGGGACCCAGUUACCAUGGUUACAAGAGUCAAGCUGGCCAAGUUGACACCAGGAAAUUCCUUCAUGGACCUUGACUUACUGACUUUUGCAGUACUGGGACCCAGUUACCAUGGUUACAAGAGUCAAGCUGGCCAAGUUGACACCAGGAAAUUCCUUCAUGGACCUUGACUUACUGACUUCAGCAGUACUGGGACCCAGUUACCACGGUUACAAGAGUCAAGCUGGCCAGGUUGACCCCAGGACAUUCCCUCAUGGACCUUGACUGUUACUGACUUCAGUAGUACUGGGACCCAGUUACUAUGGUUACAAGAGUCAAGCUGGCCAAGUUGACACCAGGAAAUUCCUUCAUUGACCUUGACUUACUGACUUCAGCAGUACUGGGACCCAGUUACCAUGGUUACAAGAGUCAAGCUGGCCAAGUUGACACCAGGAAAUUCCUUCAUGGACCUUGACUUACUGACUUUUGCAGUACUGGGACCCAGUUACCAUGGUUACAAGAGUCAAGCUGGCCAAGUUGACACCAGGAAAUUCCUUCAUGGACCUUGACUUACUGACUUCAGCAGUACUGGGACCCAGUUACCACGGUUACAAGAGUCAAGCUGGCCAAGAUGACCUAUGGAUUAGAACUGAGUCAAGUGAUAGCCUUUCCCAUCCCUCCAUCUUUGAAAUAUUCUAGACAAAUUGUCUGCAGCUCAUCCCUGAUGGAGGUGACUGUCCAUGUUUUAUGUGCCUGUUGAUGCCUUUUGAAAAUAUCCCUCCAUCAUUAUCAAGUAUAUUUUAACAAAACUGAAAGUACUACUGACUAAGACAAAAAGGUCCAUUUGAGAAAUCUGUGACAGAUUUCAAACCUGUUCAUAAUAUCCGUGCCAGAAUGUGAUUAGUCCCACAUGUGUCACACAUCCAGUUUAUAGAGGUCGUGGAUGCAAUGUCAAGGUCAGCUGCUGGAAAUAUAGUUCUUACUCUCUCCUUGGUAUCCCCAAUCUGUCACACCUAGCAGGCAAGUUAACCUCAUCCCAUUGUACAUCAUAUAGCUGGAAUAUUGCUGAGAUCAGCGUUAAAUUACAAACAUACAAACAACUUUGUUUUCUCACGGAAGUUAUCAAAUUUGGCAUGAAAAUGUAUUUUCAGGUCGUAUUAAUUUCUUCCAGCUAUGCUUAGCCACAAAACCAGGCGCUGUUGUUUCAGUUAAGAAAAUCUUUCCAGUAAGCUGCUUAAAGGGAAUCGACAAGUAAAUUAUUGAAUUCAUUCUAAGAAAUUUCUCUGAAUACAAGCACUGGGAUGUUUUCCCUGGAUAUCAAAUAUAGGGAAACAGAAUUUUGAACUGAUUAAAUGUCUCAAGUCCUCAAAACAUUGCUAUUUGACAUCGUGAUUGUUCCUCAAGUUAAGCAGCUAUAAACAGUAUUAUGAAAUGAAUACAGAUGAUAUACACCAGCAUACAUAACACCUUUUGUUGAAUUUCCCAUUAAACUCAAUAUUUUGCAUAAUGUAUAAGGAGGCGGUCUGGUAGCCUAGUGGUUAAAGCGUCAUGCUGAAGACCCGCAUUUGAUUCCCGACAUGGGUACAAUGUGUGAAGCAGAUUUCUGGGUCGAUCUGAGUUUCAAGCUCUGACAUUAAGACCCACUGCUGGUCAAGAUAAAGACAUGAACCUUACCUCAGUGAAUAGGAUACACUGUGUGUAAAACCACAGGGGCACAGGGCCUAAAGUAUAUGUGUGAGUGUGAUGGGCCGUAUACAGACAUAUUUGAUAUUUAAUUAAGUGUUUAGGCUACGACUGUGAUAAGUCACAUUAUAGUUGAAGUAAUAAUGAAGUUCUGGAGAAUACUGGAAGAUAUGAGUGAUGUCCCUUUGACAAGAAGUAACCUUGACCUUGAGUGGCUGCCAUGUUGAUCUUCACUAUAAUGGAAUUCAAAGGUCCUGUGUACGGAGUCUUUGUGUACUGCAAGAUAUAGGCAUAAGUGACUUUUAUAUGAUUUUGUCAUAUUGAAAAUGUUUGUAAUAUAACUCUAUUGAUAAUAUUGACUAUUCAGAUCAAUGAACAAGAUGUACCGAUGGUACCUGAACCAUAUCCAAGCCUGUCACACCUUCAGAAAUACAGUGUGUAAAAUAUCCAUUCUGUUUUAUAAAUACCCUGAACCCAUUCACUAACAUGACACUAUAAAUAUAUAUCCAGUUUUGUCGUGAUUGAAACACGAUGUGAUUCUCGCCUCAACAUUUACUUACUAUCUCAACCAGACCAACCUAUCUAGUACAACCAGACUUACCCAGGAUAACAUCUUUUUGAGCUAAAAGUUCAUUUCUAACAGUUUUCUGAUUUAAUAAGCUAUUUUGAGAAAGCUAUAAUUUCAAUGUAGAUUGAAUUUUGGUUAUUAAUUUGAAGAUUAUGGGCGAGAAAAAUUUGGUGCUAAGUUAAAGAGAGAUGGAAAUCGACACUGAAAGGAAGCUAUGUUGUGAAUAGGUUCAGAGUGAAAUUGUAAAUAAUAAUCAUGAUAAUAAUUCACUGGAUAAUAGAAGUGCAUUUGGGAAAAAGGAGAAUGAUAAUUAUUAUGCACCGAGAACUGUAAGUAUGUACUUGCCAUAGUUGCUAACUAGAAACACUUUUUUGUAAAAACCUAUGCUUCCACGCCUACCAUGGAUCGACUGCUGUGGGUUAGCUGCAAUGACAGUAUACAACGACCAAUCACAGGGCUAGCUGCGGACAGAUUGAAGAACCAAUCGGUGCUUUCCUCUUAUUACGGCCUGUAACUUUUCUCUAAGAAAUUGUAACUUCACUUCUCAAAACAAGUUAAGAACACCCACCACCGGAAGGCUGUGUGUUGCAGUACCCACCAGCCAUGACAUUAUCUACGUCACAUGAAAAAAAAUCGGUGUUCCUUAAUUCUUUUGAGUAGUAUGGAUGUAUAUAUCUAUGUCUUCCAUGUAUGAGAAUUUGGACAAAUGUGAAAUAUGGUGAGAUUGGCCUGGCUGAGUGUUUACCAUUUAAUUUUAUGGGUUGGAACUGUUGCUGGUGUUCGUUUCAUGCUGAAAGGUACAUUUAGCAUAGAGUAUCAGAGGUGUUUAUUGAGAAUGUAGUUUAUAGUAGGGCUGGGACGAGUCCAAAUUUACUGCCAGGUUAACACACACACACACACACACACCACACACCACACACCACACACACACACACACACACACACACACUCAAGAGUUGUUUACAUAAUUGGCAAUUGUUUGACCGCAGCCCUGUCAAAAUGUAUUUUGAUACACAUAUAAAACGAUCUGGUUAUGCAUACACCGAAGUUGACUGAAGUUUUAUCUUUUUUUCAAACCUAUAGAGGUCAGAAGGUACGGGUGCAUAGUCA